UUGUUUACAACCGCGAAAACACGCGCCGCCGGGACAUGGCCACGAAAGUAGACAUUACAACUAAUUCGCUGUCGCUGCUGGACGCUGUUGAGGGGCAGAAGUGCUAUAUACCCUGGCAGGAGUAUCCACUGUCAAUUACGAAGAGCUACUGGUGUCGCUGCACCCUCUCGAAUGGCAGCUAUGCCAUUUGUUGCGUGCUGCGGCGUGCCGGCAGCGAAAGUUGUUGCUUUCUGGACAACUCAGUGAGCUCCUCGGCCGAGUUCUCAGCGACAAAUCAACGCCUGACCAGCAUCGAGUCACUGACACUGGUACGCAAUGUGACAAAGGUCUCGUGUGUGAUCUUUGCCACCGAAAUGUUGCACGAAAAACAGCCGCAACUCGAGGUGGAGGAGCUCGGCGCUGAUAUUGCAAUCUUCCUGCGCGGCCUCGUGCUCGAGAAGGGCUGCUACGUGAGACAGGAGAACAUGAGCAGCAUGGGCAUAGACACCAUCCACAUACUGGAUAUCCCCGAGGUGCCGGACAAUCAUUGUUUCACCUUGGACAACAUUCACUCAGUGAUCGAGAUUGUGGAUGUGCGUCUGGCCAUGCCCAAAUCUCUGCCAACUUGCACGCACUACCUGACGGAUAGCUUUGAGCAGCCCAUGGCUGCAUUGGAACAGCUGCUGGUGACCUCAAAGCGUAGCUUGCUCUCCCAUCGAUUCCCCACGACGGCGCUGAUUGUGGGUCCCGUGGGUUGUGGCAAGAGCACGCUGCUGGCCAGAUUCCUGCAACGAAACUCCUGCAAUUGCUACUACAUCACCUCCUCCAAAGUGAUGAGCUCCCAGCCAGGCGGCACCGAGCAGGAGCUAAGGAAAAUCUUCCAGGCAGCGCGCGCAUUCAAAGCGAAUAUGCGGCCAACCACACCCAUUGUGAUAGUCAUCGAGGAUCUGGAGCUGCUGUGCGCCGCCCCAAGCAACUCUUCGGGCAACUCGAACAAUUCGUUGCGCAUUGCGGCACAGCUUUACAAACUAAUCGACGAACUGGAUCCGGGCAUCAUUUGCCUGGCCACCACCAGCAAUCCGGACCAACUGCAUGAGCAUGCGCGUCGUGCGGGGCGCUUUGGUCGCGAGAUUACCGUGGAAAUGCCCAACGAGCAGGAGCGUGGCAGACUAAUAGCAGCCUGGUGCCAGGCGCAUCAGCUGCCGCUGCCCCACGAGGCGCUGCUCGAUCAUUUGGCCAAGAAUACGCAGGGAUAUUUCAUCUCGGACUUAAACCUGCUGCUCAGCCAGGUGCAGAAGGAUGUGAUGCUCCACCAGCAGCCAAAUUUGCCCAAAAUAUUUCUAAAGUGCCUGAAUAAGUUGUGUUCAAGUGGCUCGCUUGCCACGAGCGUGCGCGUGGAGAAGAUGACGCUGGGCUUUGAGGCAAUCGGAGGCAUGGAUGCGCUUAAGCGCAAGCUGGAGGCGUCUGUGAUCGCCGGGCUGCAGCAUGGUGAGGCCUUUGCACGCCUCGGCCUCAGUCUGCCCAAGGGUGUGCUGCUGUAUGGACCGCCAGGCUGUGCCAAGACCACCAUUGCCAAGUGCUUGGCCAAGGAGGCCAACAUGACAUUCAUAGCCACCUCCGCAGCGGAGGUUUACUCCCCCUAUGUGGGCAGUGCCGAGCGCUGCAUUACGCGAAUGUUCAACACGGCCCGCAAGAAUGCGCCAUGUCUCAUAUUCCUCGACGAAAUUGAUUCCCUGGUGGGACGUCGCACGGUUUCCGGCGGAGGCGGUGGCCAGGUGCAGCUGAGAAUACUCUCCACGCUGCUCACAGAGAUGGAUGGCAUUGUGGGCGGCAGCAAUGAGAAGCACAUACUCGUGGUGGCGGCCACCAAUCGUCCUGAAAUGAUUGACGAUGCCCUGCUGCGUCCCGGACGCUUCGACCAGCUCAUCCACGUCCCAUCGCCCGAUUUGAAAUCCCGCCUGGCGUUGCUGCAGCUUCACGGCGAGCGGAUGCCAUUUGAUGAGCAGCUGGAUCUGGCCACCAUCGUGGUGCACACCGAGGGCUACUCUGGCGCGGAUCUGUGCAAUCUGUGCAAUGAGGCGGCCAUUCAAACCUUCCAGCGCGACCCACAGGCCACAAAGAUUGAGAUGCAGGACUUUGAGAAGGUCAUGUGCAAGCUGAAAUCCUCGCUCACUCGUAGUCAAAUCGAUGCAUACUAUAAGUUUGCCAAUAGAUCUCAGCAAUUAGAAAACAAAUAACCAAAAAUGUUCAAAUACUAGC